AUGUUUAAAGAAUUUGGAUUUCCAGACGAUGCUCUUUCUUGUGUUAAGGAACAAGCCGAACCCGAUCCAGACGUUCCAACUGCCUCCUCUCUUGAUGUUCUCAAACUUUGUUAUCAAACAGCAGAGGAAACUGGUGCUACUUUUAUUUUGGCUAAUGAUGCUGAUGCUAAUAGGCUUCAAAUUGCUGAAAGACAACCAGACGGCGAUUGGUAUUUAUUUAAUGGGAAUGAAAUGGGUACUUUGUUAACAUGGUGGAUUUGGACACAAUGGAAACAACAAAAUCCGAAUUUACCUGGAGAAGAUUUUUAUGUUAUCAAUGGUGCCUUUUCUUCUCAUAUAGUUGCUAAAAUGGCUAAAAUUGAAGGUUUCAAAAACGAUGUUUCUUUAACUGGUUUCAAAUAUUUUGGAAAUAGAGCACAUGAACUUCGAACGAAAGGAAAAUUGGUUAUUCUUGCUUGGGAAGAAUCUAUAGGGUUUGCAACAGGAACAACUCUUGAUAAGAGCGAAACAAGUGCAGUAGCAGUCUUUGCAGAAAUGGCCAAUUAUUUAGCUUCUCAAAAAUUAAAUAUGAAAAAACAAUUACUUAAUAUUUGCAAUAAAUAUGGUCUUUAUUUGAAUACAAAUAUUAUUUAUUCAAAUCCUGUGAGAACUGGAACAAGAAUUAAUGUUGGGGGCAACAUAUACUCCUUUCUUUUUAAGUUUUCAACAAAAUUUACCUGGUAUUGUACACUACACUCCAACCCGCAGAUUAAAUGUACUGGCUCCAUUCACACAUACAAAAAAAACAACAAUAAUAUAAUAAUUAUUGGUACAGAACACAAUAAUGCUUGUAUUUCCAAAAAAAAUUCAACACAAUUUACUUUAAACAACACUUUUCCACCACAACAACAAGAUUUGUCUUCAAAUAUUUCUGAAAAUGGUAUAAUUUCACAUUUUGUUAAAAUUUUCGUAAAAUUCCUUCACAAUGUGUCAUUUGCUAGAGCUCAACGAAUUUAUUUUUCUGAAUUUGUUCCGGAAACUUUUUUCGAUAUUUUUCCAAAAAAACUUGAGUCGAAAUUCCAAUUUUUGAGGUUUUCUUUUGAUCAUGAUUUUUGGAGAUCUUUUCGAAAAUUCUGCUUUUUGGACACUGGAAUGAAUUCAAAAAAAUUUGGGGUCUCAAAAAUAAGCUUACUUCUCGCCCUGUUGUUUUGA